UGCAGAAUACAUAUACGCAUGAAAAAGAGUAUACGAUUGGUUGUUCAGAUUUAACCUUGACAGAGGUCAUGGAGUUUGGUGGAUGGAUCAAAGCCCACACGCUGGAUUUAUCGGGUCACAGCAUAACAGUCUUGAGAAACCGAGCUUUUAGAGGUAUUAUUCCGAAAAGGAUUUUGCUGCAAAACAACAAUAUUUCUAUAAUUGAACGAAACGCAUUUGUGGAUGUUGCAAUCGUGAUCGAGGAGCUUGACCUCUCUAGUAAUGACCUUGUACAACUUCCACAAGGCCUGGACAAACUGGUGGCCUUAAAAACAUUGAAACUAGCCGGAAACACGAAGUUAAAGCUUGAAAGGGGGUCGUUCCGGGGCCUUGCCUCUUUAGAAACGUUGGACUUGCACGGGUGUUAUAUGAACACUCUCCCAGAUGGAACAUUCGAUGGCAUAAAAGGAACGCUACGAAAACUUGAUAUCAUCUUCAACGAACUUGAAUCCAUUCCGACGGCCAUCAGACAACUGCGAAAUUUGGAAGAGGUGGAUUUUGAUUCGAAUCCGCUUUCGUAUGUCCCCGCGAAAGCCUUUAGAGGAAUGAAUAAGUUGAAAAAGUUGACUCUAAGCCGCCACGAUUUCAGCAAACCUGACAGUAUUCAUCCUCUGGCGUUCGUUGACGUCGCUCCCACUUUGGAGAAUCUGGAUUUUUAUCAUAGUGACAUCACCGUGUACCCUGCCAAGGCUUUGGCCCCUCUCAAAAAGCUAAAAUCAUUGAGCUUCAAUUCCAACAAUAUACACACAUUUCCACCGAAGGCUUUCCAGCCUUUGGAUUCACUCGAAGAACUGACACUGGACGGGAACAUCUUCGAGUUUUCACGCGAGAUGUUCGAUGGAAUAACGGACACUUUAACCAUGCUCAGCAUUCGGGACAUGCGCCUUACCGAACUCCCUCUCCACGAACUGGCAGUUCUUGACAACCUACAAUGGCUGGACGCUUCAUCAAACGAUUUCACGAGUCUACCGGACAAUUUUACGCAAGGGCUCCACGCCAGGCGGUACACGCUUAACUGGAUGAACAUCGCCGACGUUUCUCCUCUGGCGUUUGUCUGGAACAAUGGACCGGUCCAUGUUUCCCUUAACGACAACAAAAUGAAGUCAUUAAGUUUCAUUACGGAUCCAUGCAUGUACGACUACGUAGGCGUGACGGAAAACCCUCUGGUGUGUGACUGUUACGUAUUCAACAUCGCCUUAAGCCACUACGUCCAGGUAGAGGCCACAUGCGCAGCGCCUCCGUUAUAUGCCAAGAUGAACGUGGAAGACGUCGCAUCCACGGAACGCGCUCGUAGAAAAUGUGGCAAUAUGAGAACUAAAACCUGUCCAAAGAGGGACAAGUUGUAUUAUCAUUACAACAGUUCUUCCCGUGCAGUUCUCCGCGAGCACUCAGUAAUAUUAUCACUCACUACGCUGUUGAUAGGACAAUGUAUUUUUACGUUGUAAGAAAGAGUACAAGGUUAAAGGAGGGGGAUUAGAUCUAAGCCAGUAAAGUAGGGGUGGGUCAGGGACACGGCCUAAAAGACCAGGAGAAAGAGUUAGGUUAAAAGCAAAGGCCAUUCUAAAAUGAAGUAUAUAUGUCACAUGAAAUACAAUUAAAAACUGUCCGGGAAAAUACUUGGAUUUAUUUUUUGUUUAGAAUUUUUCUAGCCGAUUAAAAUUGUUUUUAAACAUAAGAUUCUAUGGUGGUCUGUUGUUUAGAAUUUUUCUAGCCGAUUAAAAUUGUUUUUAAACAUAAGAUUCUAUGGUGGUCUGUUGUGACCCAGUAGAUAUCAGUUACGUCAUAUCUAUACUUUUUGCCUGAAAUAAUUCGUUUCAACGUCAAAUUGGCGAAUGCAUUCAUAGAUCAAUAUGUGUAUGCAUUUUGAAUGAUGAAAUGAAGCAGCCUCUUGUGCAUUAAGUA